UUUCCUUGGCGGGUUCGGAGGCGCAACAGGAUCCGGCGUGUGGGCAGGCGGUGGGAGGGUUGGCUGCCUCCUGAUGAGGAAGCGGCCUCCGGCGCCUUGUCACUCGAGCAGGCCUGUUUACCUCUGCCAAAGUACUUCCCAGUUUCACUACUCCCAGGUCAGCACCUGCCCGGCCGGGUGCCUCCAGCACUCUGUCCCGCUGGGGCCCAAAGACGAGGGCCUCUCAUGGGGGCAGAAUGAGGCCAUUCAGCCCCUCAAUUCGGUUCUGCAAACCAUCGCCACAACUUCUGUUUCUCGGCUUUUGACCUGUAAUUAAUUAUUCUCUCUCUUCAAUUAUGAAAAGUCUAGAUUUCUGAAAAGAUUUAUGAAGACAAGUGAGAAAGGCAAGGUAGCAAGGACGAAAGCACAGAUCCUAAAUUGCAGAUUCAAGACUGUCUUUCCACCAUAUUUCCAGGACAAAGUAGAGGUCCUGGCUUAAGGAAAUUGGAGAAUGGCACCUUAUGGACCUGGAUCUAUGACUAAUCCCAGAAUUCCAUUAAUUGCUACUCUUAAGUAUGGGUCUAUCCUCCUUGCUAUCACUCUAGUUGGUGUGGCUAUUUACCACAAUUAUUCCGUUCCCGAUUUUGUAAUCUCUUCUAGAUACAGUAAUGUUGGUAAAAUUAAAUGGGAGUUACUGUGGCAGUUCAGAAAUUACAAGAAUGGAUCAGAAGCCCCUAAAGCACUGAACAAGUUGCCAUUCGGAAAGGGUCAUUACAGUCACUCACAUUGUGAUAUUGAUUCUAAUAGAAGGUUUGACUGUGCUUUUAAUGAUCACAUUGACAUGAAGGAAUGUCAGAUUCGUGGCUGCUGCUGGAUUCCAGUGGUUAGUAAUAUCAAUGUGACUGGACCUCUUUGUUUCUUACCAUCAAAUUAUCCUACAUACAACAUGGAUAGCCUUUCUCCAACCAAGACAGGCUUUACAGCCACUCUAAGCCGAACUAAAAAGACAUUUUUCCCAAAUGACAUAACAACACUUCAGUUGAGCGUAAUGUACGAGACAGCAGGCAGACUUCAUUUCACGCUUAAGGAUCCAAUGCACAAACGAUACGAGGUUCCUUUUAAUGUCCCAAAAGUAACUGAAAAAGCUUCAACACAGCUCUACAAUGUAACAUUUUCAUCCACACCUUUUGGCAUCAUUAUCCAGAGGAAAUCAAAUGGGCUUGUGCUCUUGAACACCACAGUGGCUCCAAUAUUUUAUGCUGACCAGUUUCUGCAGAUUUCUACGUCUCUUGCUACAAGGCACAUUACUGGAUUGGGAGAGCACAUGACAAAUUUGAUCCUCGAUGUCAACUGGACUCAUUUAACUUUUUGGAAUCGUGAUCAAAGCCCUGGUCUAAAUUCCAAUUUAUAUGGUUCACACCCUUUCUACAUGGUGAUGGAAGAGGAUGGGUCUGCUCAUGGUGUUUUUCUGUUAAACAGUAAUGCCAAGGAUGCUUUACUCCAGCCAUUCCCUGCACUAACCUGGAGGACCACUGGGGGAAUUCUUGAUUUUUAUGUGUUCUUGGGUCCAGACCCUAAAACAGUGAUCAGACAGUAUAUGGAUGUUAUUGGUUAUCCAAUAAUGCCGCCAUAUUGGAGCCUAGGAUUCCAUUUAUGUCGUUGGGGUUACUGGAGUACCAACAUCACCCGGGAGGUAGUGGAGAACAUGACUCGAGCUCACAUGCCUCAGGAUGUACAAUGGAAUGAUUUGGAUUACAUGGACGAGAAAAAAGACUUCACUUACAACAGACAGAACUUUUCAGACUAUGCAGAGAUGGUUGAAGAGUUUCAUCAAAAGGGCUUAAAAUAUGUCAUGAUUGUGGAUCCUGGCAUCAGCAGUGCAGAGACACCAGGGACAUACAAGCCAUAUGAUGAUGGUGUAAAGAGAGGUGUCUUUAUCAAGAAUGAAACAGGUCUACCAUUAAUAGGGCAGGUUUGGCCUGGUUUUACAGCCUUCCCAGAUUUUACAAACCCAGAAACCAUGGCCUGGUGGUAUGAAAACAUUAAGGAGUUUCAUGAUCAAGUGCCAUUUGAUGGGAUAUGGAUUGACAUGAAUGAGCCUUCCAACUUUAUUAGUGGAGCAGUUAGUGGUUGUCCAGAUAACAAUUUAGAAAACCCUCCGUAUGUGCCAGAUGUGAGUGGAGGAUAUCUAGCAUUUCGUACACUGUGUAUGUCGGGUAAACAGAAUCUCUCAUCACAUUAUAACCUGCACAACCUUUACGGGUUAACUGAGGCUAUUGCUUCCCAUGAUGCAUUGAUCAAAGUGAGAGGAAAACGGCCUUUCGUUAUUUCACGGUCCACAUUCCCCAGUCAUGGUCAUUAUGCUGGACACUGGACUGGGGAUAUCUCAAGUAACUGGAAUGACAUGUACUACACUAUCCCAGCAAUAAUGCUGUUUAACAUGUAUGGAGUUCCACUGGUGGGAGCAGAUGUCUGUGGUUUUCGUUGGGGCACCACUGAAGAACUCUGUAUACGCUGGACACAACUCGGAUCCUUCUACCCUUUCAUGCGGAAUCAUAACGACUGGAAACAGCCGUCUCAGGAACCAUACGUCUUCAGUGAGUCAGCUCAGUCAGCAAUGCGGAAAGCUCUCUUCACCAGAUACAUGCUGCUCCCUUUCCUUUACACACUUUUCCACAAGGCACACACUGCCGGAGAGAUGGUUGUUCAACCACUGUCAUUUGAAUUCCCUCAAGAUCCAAACACAUUAAGUAUUGAUCAGCAGUUCAUGUGGGGAGAUGCACUUCUUAUCACUCCAGUACUGAAGCCCAUGACAUUUGAGGUGUCUGGCUAUUUUCCCCCAACCACAUGGUACAGUCUAAAUGACGGAGCUGCAAUUCAUAGUAAGGGUCAGUAUGUUUUACUUGAGGCACCUUUGGAUACAAUAAAUGUUCAUCUGCGAGGAGGCAGCAUUCUUCCUAUACAGGAACCCAGCACUACAACUGCUGCCUCUCGUGAGAACUCAUUUGGUUUGAUUGUAGCACUGUCUGAUCACGGAACUGCAAGAGGAGAACUCUUCUGGGAUGACGGUGACAGCCUACUGACUUAUGAAAAUGGUGACUACACUGAAAUUAUUUUCCUAGUAGCAAAGAACGUGCUGUUCAGUGAGAUAAUCCAUUUGAGCAAUCAGAUUAAUGAUCUGAUAUUAAGCAAUAUAUUUGUGCUUGGAGUUCCAUUUGCCCCAAAGAAAGUUUCAGUGAAUGGACUCUGGAUCUCAGACUUCAACUACAAAGAAGACACAAAGGAGCUGAUUUUGCAGAGUCUUGCUAUUCCAUUAGGAAAGCAGUUUACAAUUAAGUGGUUCUGAAGAAAGAAAAGCAAACAGACCAAAAUAAAAAUUUCUGCAACAAAAUAGAUGGUUGUAAAUUGUUGGCUGAAAGUUAGAGAUGUUUGAUUGGAUUCUGAUUAAUAGUCUGAUAUAAAUUGUUACACAUCAAUUUAAAAAGAAUAAAUGAAAAAUUUAUAUCUUAUACUUGAACAAAAUUUUGAUUGAAUCUGUUAUGUAAGCAUUUUUUGAGAAGGAGUGGAAGGGUAUUGACUGUGUGGGAUCUCUGGUAGACCUUCAAGAGUCUCACUGUAUCAUCUAAAUUACUGCUGCAAAUAUUUGCACUUUUACCUGUUACAUAAUGUAACUUAACCCACUCAGUGAAGAAUUUCUAAAUUAAAAAUGAAACUGUCA